AGAACAAUGUCUAAAUUGUGCAAAGAGUUCAGCUUGAGCGCGACGGUCAAAAAUAUGUCACGAUUUGUGGAUGGAGAGGAGUACUACACUGACACUGAAGAACGAUUCAAUAUUCCAUGGAGAAUGUUUAUCAGGAAAGACAGCGGAUAUUUUGAUCUUGGAUUGGUAUGUGAAAAAGACAGUUGGGAAAACAGAGAAUGGUCGAUUGAAACUGAUUACAAGAUGAAAUUUGUAUCCCACAACGGGGAUAGUUUGACAGACAGCGAACACUUCACUUUUGAAAAUUCAAAUAAAAGUGAUGUUUGUCUAAUGAAGCCUUGGGAUCUAUUGGAGAGUGAUUAUGUGGUGGAUGACAGUAUUGUAGUCGAAGCCUAUGUUAAAAUUAUCAAAAUGACUGAUACACCAUGUGACGAAGACGAGAAUAUAGAAACGUUUCUUUUAAGCAAUACUGUUAAAAAUAUUUCAAGCAUUGAAGAAGGAGAUGAUUAUUACACUGAAAUAGCGACACGUCACAAUGUUCCAUGGAGAAUGCAAAUCAAAAGAAAUAAUGGAUUUUUUGAAUUAUAUUUGAGAUGUGAAAAGGAGGAGCAGCCUGAAUGGGGUUGGAAAAUCGAAUUGGAUUAUGAUCUAAGAUUGGUGUCUUUGAAUGGACAGAGCCUGAGUCUUACUGAUUCAGGUUCUUUCAGUAAGCCAUUUUGUGAAGGUUUCGAAAAAUUCAUGAGAUGGAAUAUUAUGGAAGAGAAUUAUAUAGUAAAGGAUAGUAUCAUUAUUGAAGCACGUGGGAAAAUUACUAAAAUGAUUGGAUGUGACGACGAUUCGAGCAGUGACGAUGGAGAAGAUGAAUCGAGCAAAUCCCAUUCAGAAAGUGAUACAAGUAGUGAUAAUUUAGAAGAUGAAUUCUCUGAGUGUGUGAUCAAUGUCGGAGGGCAAAACUAAGCUGCGAAGAAACGAUAUAUUAUUAUUUUCCAUUAAAACAUUAUACUUUAAUAAUAGUUACCGUUCUUUUCCUAUCAGUAUUGCAAGACUAAUUUAAAUGGUCAUUUUGAGUGGAAUGCCAUUUUUGUUAAUUUUUGUCAUUGUUUGUAAUUUUCUGAGUAUCAAUCUACCAACAUCAUUGUUGAAUGAAAAUACAAAAACUU